GACCUCACAGUCAAAGCUCUGGUCUUCUGUCGCUCGGCUGAACAUGUCGAACUCGGACGACUCGACAUCGCGCAUCACUCGGACCGCCAAGUCGAAGCUAUCGAAAAGCGCUCAAGCAGCAGCGCAAGAUGUCAACAAAGAGCUCUCGCAAUAUGCCUCUCUUGGCAAAGACUUCGCGAGCAGUGGCACUUAUCUGUACCCCUUGCAAGGCAUCCUCUACGCUGUACAGCAUCCAGGACUGCUCAUGUCUGUCAAGGGCGUCCUCGUCAAGUGCCUGACGGCGAGCACGAUCACUGUCGUCUUGAUGUUCAUUCUGACCUAUCUGCCUCAAGUCGGCAUGCUGGCCUUUGUUUCUGGCCCAUUGGCAUUCAUUGCGGCCGUUCCACUCGUACUCAGCGAAAGUGCGGCGAUCAUCACAUUCAUCUGUCGCGCAUUUCUCCUUGCAGAUGCACUGGAUCUGAUCUUCGACGAAGUCAUGAUACAAAAAGGCCACUCUGAGCUUGUGUCGAACGGGCGACAGAUCUCUGGUGGCAGAAUAGGUAAGAACAAGGUGCAGCAACUGGGCAAGAGCAUCAUGAAGCCACUCAAUCGCUUCUCGCUUACCUCAAUCUUCCGCUAUGUCAUCACCUUGCCACUUAACGCCAUUCCUGGCAUUGGUACAGCACUCUUCCUGCUCUGGAACGGCAGCAGAAGUGGACCGUCAUACCAUGAACGGUACUUCCAGCUCAAGGGCUUGAAGGGCAAGGAUCGGCAAGACUUCGUCGCAAAGCAGAACGGCGGUUACACCGGAUUCGGUGUGGCAGCGCUCUCGCUCAGCUUGGUACCCAUCGUAUCGAUCCCUCUGCUCUUUACAACUCAGAUCGGUGCCGCCUUAUGGGCGGCCAAUCUCGAGUCGAAGCUCAGAGACGGCAAGCCAGGCAACGUGGAGCAGGAGACGCAAGCAGAAGUGCAAACAGAAACCCGCACAGAGCUAUAG